UAUAUUUCAUAUACAGAUAAAAAAUGUUGAUGGACUUGAGAUUCGUGGGAAUGAGGCUGUCGGCAAAGGAGGGUGGAACAUCGAUAAAGUGUUCAUUACAAAUAACAAGACACGAGUUCAGACGGUGCUUUCCGUAUUUACAAACAUAAAAGGUGGCCAGACUUACAAGAUUAUGAUUGAUGACCUAUCUUUACCGCACUUGAGUUCUCGAGAAGAGGACAGGCAACGGGAACUUGAAGAAAAAAGGAAGGAAUAUCAACUGACUGAGGAAAGACUGGCAGGGUGCCCUCCGCUUGUAAAACAUAUGCCAUCGGAUGAAAAGUUUACAUUUAACAGGGAAUUUGAUAUUAAGGCAAAAGUGGCAGCAUUAACUGUCGUUUCAACGGUGAAGGAGGCAUUCACUGGAGCGUUUGAGGACAUUGAUGACAUCAAAAGUGUUUAUGGCCCUAUCUUCCGUGAACCGUCAAAUCUUAACAGGUGGCGAGACGAUGUUUUGUUUGGAAUGCAGCGCUUGAUGUGUGUUAACCCUGAUGUAAUAAGUCUUUGUACUGCGAUUCCAGAGAAACUCAAUGUCAACGAUCAAAUAUUGAACCCGUUCCUUGAAGGCAAGACACUGAACCAAGCUUUAGAGGAAAAAAAGAUUUUCAUUAUUGAUUAUGAGAUACUAGAUGGUCUACCAACUAAACAAGGAUUUGUUAUAAGUAGCCCAGUUGCGUUAUUUUAUCAGCGAAAUGACGGAAAAAUUGUCCCGAUUGCUAUCCAACUACUUCAGAAACCUGGUACAGACAAUCCCGUGUUUCUGCCGAGCGAUCCUCCAAACAAGUGGAUUCUGGCAAAGUUUUGGUUCAACGUAGCCGAUUCAAAUUAUCACCAGUCAGUUACACAUCUUGGGUUUACUCAUUUGAAAAUGGAGGGAAUUGCUGUUUGCACUCACAGACAGAUCCACAAGAAUCAUCCGAUCUUUAAACUACUGAUGCCCCACUUCCUUUAUCUCAUUGCUAUAAAUGAUAUCGGCAUUCCGGUAUUGCUGAUAGAUGAAGACGCAUUCGUACCAAAAACGCUAAAUAUAGGUAAAAAAGGAAUGAUUGAGCUAAUCAAACGCAAAAACAAGACCUGGCGAUUGAAUGUUGAAGGUACCCUACCAAAUGAUCUGAAAGAAAGAGGGGUAGAUGAUCCAGCUUUGCUGCCGCAUUAUUAUUACCGAAACGACGCAAAGGAAUUAUACGAUGCCAUUUUCUCGUACGUUCAAAAAUACCUCGAUCUUUAUUACACAUCAGAAGAGGACGUAAUAAAAGACUACGAACUGCAGAAGUGGAGACAGGAACUCACUGCACCUGUGAAAGAUCAAGGGCUUGGCAUACUAGGUGUAUUUGGAGAAAACGGCAAAUUCACCAACAAAGAACAAGUAUGCUUUACACUGGCGAGCAUUAUUUUUACUUGCAGCGGCCAACAUGCAGCUGUCAACUUCCGCCAGUAUGAAGAUUACGGUUACCCACCAAACUAUCCAGGGAAUCUUCGAGGACGCCCACCAACAAAUAAAGACGAAAUAGAUGAUGCAGAAUUGCUUCGAAGCCUACCAGAAAAAACAACAACAUACGAUGCUAUGGUCAUAACGAGUGUAUUAAGCACGAAUGACAUGAAUGCGUUAGGCGAUUUUGAGGUUCAGUAUAUAACUGACGAAAAGGCGCUCAAAGUUGUUAAAACGUUCCGUGCUGAUCUUGCACGCAUUGCCAAAAGGAAUAAAGAGAAAAAUAAGAAAGCGAGACUAGAAAACUACUGGUGUUUGGAUCCCGACCGCGUCCCUAAUUCCAUCAGUAUCUAGUGGAUAUUGAGAUGGACUUGAAAUAAAUGCACAAUUUAGGUGACAUAAACGAUAUUCUUUUAUUUGCACAUAUAUACCACUUAUAGUUUGCGUUUUAAACAUGCUUGAAGUCUUGCAUAUAAUAAACGCGGAUGACUGGCCGGAGCUAUUGACUUUUGUUGUGAAAUUUUGAUCGAAAACUGCAUUGUUCUAGGUAUCUGAAUACUUUUUUUUCAUCGUAAUUGUUCGUACAAUUGGCUUAACUCAGUAGAGUUAUAAUAGACAUAUACCAUUUUUCAUUAUAAUUUUAUUAAGUUAUAACGGUCACUCGUAUACAUUGUGACUUAUAAGUUUUGCAUAUUGAUAUACAAAAUUUACUGUGAAUAUAUACUGAAUAAAUCUUCUAACUAUACUCCGUAUAAUAUUGGCUGUAAAAAUUUAAACAAAUAAUUUGAAAUUUUACACAGAACUAUAGUAUUAUAUUUCGCGUAUUAUUAUCAUGUUUUUUUUUAUAAAUUUCACAGACAACUGACGUCACAGUGACAACUAAUAUAGGCCAACUGUAUGAUCUGAAAAUUACAAAAGGAGUAUUUUGUAAGGAAAUGAAAUAUCUUUUAGCCUAUAUCCUUUAAAGACAGAAGAGCUGGAUCAAUGAAAUUGAUUGAUAACUAGACUAUUCGGAUAAUAGGUAAAGCCACUGCACUUAUCUGUUCAGUGGUGUCCACGUCCACGUCGACGCCCGCUUCUCGACUGGUUAAGUUUUAUUCAUGUAAGCAGGUAGCUCAAUAAGCACUUGUGGAAAUGUAUUGUGACUUCACACACUUGUUCAUUGUGCUAAUAUAACAUGUAGUGCACAAAUUACACAGCACUAUUUUGCUUGUUCACAAAGUUAUGCUCCUUUUUUCUAGAUAGCAAUGUUUGAUCGUUGCAUUAAAGCUGGUAUCUCAGUAACCACUUGUUGAAAUCAAUUGAAAUUUUACACACUUUUGUAGUGUAAUGAUAUAAUGUUUAAGGCAAAUAUUCCAUAACUCUAAUUUGCUUUUUCACAAUGUGACGCCUUUUUUCUCGAUUAAGGUUUUAUUUAACUUUUUUGUUGUGGCAAGACUUUUGUAAAGCCAGUAUCUGUCCUCCCUCAGCUUCGUUAUUCAGGAGGAAAUGGUAGACAUUACUUUCCAUGUUGAUUUAUGUCAGUUUGUGGGAUUUCAGGGAGAGAAUUGAAUGGGUUACCAUUUGGAGUCAAGCGUCUGGCACGUAUGGUCUUUGAUUUGGAGUCAAGCGUCUGGCACGUAUGAUCUUUGCAAUAUCGACUGACUAUAAAAUUUCAUUUCAAAAUUUCAUUUUGAUCUUGCUAAAAA